GCAUGUAAAUACCGUGCCGGAGGCGGGGCGUCGCAUGUAAAUGAGGGGCGCGGGGUGGCAAAGGAAGCCGAGCGAGGUCCAGCGCGCAGGAAAGCCCCGCGCGGCGCGUGGAGCCUGAGCCCUCAGGCACCUUCGUGUCCCCAAUGGGGUGGCUUUGCACCAAGUUCCUGUCCUCAGUGAGCUGUCUGGUUUUGCUGUGGCUGGCAGGCACUGGGAGCAUUAAGGUCCUGCGUGAGCCCACUUGCUUCUCUGACUACAUCAGCACCUCCACCUGUGAGUGGCAGCUGGCCGACACCGUGGACUGCAGUUCUCAGCUCCGCCUGGCCUACUGGCUGAAGUAUGAAUUCUUUGAAAACCUCACGUGCAUCCCCGAGAACAGCGCCAGGACCAUGUGUGUGUGCCACAUGGAAACAGCUGACCUGGUCCUGGCUGACACAUACCAGAUGGAACUGUGGGCUAAGCAGCAGCUGUUAUGGCAAGGCUUCUUCAGGCCCAGUGCUUAUGUGAAGCCCCUGGCUCCAGGCAACCUCACACUCCACACCAACAUCUCCAAUGCCUGGCUGCUGACAUGGAGCAACCCGUACCCACUGAACAGCUUCCUGUACAGACAACUCAUCUACAUGGUCAACAUCUCCAGAGAGGACAAUCCUGCGGAAUUCAUAGUCUAUAAUGUGACCUACAGUGAACCCAAGCUGAGCUUCCCAAUCCACACCCUGGAGUUCGGAGUUUACUACAGGGCACGUGUGAGGGUCUUGGCCCAGGGCUUCAAUGGCACCUGGAGUGAGUGGAGUCCCAGCACCACUUGGCUCAACCACUUCCAGCAGCCCCUAGAACGGCGUCUCCCUCUGCUGGUCGGCAUCUCCUGCCUCUGCAUCCCGUUGGUCAGCCUGCUGUGUUACGUCAGCAUCAUCAAGAUUAAGAAAAUAUGGUGGGACCGAAUUCCCAACCCAGCACACAGUGCCCUGGUGGCCAUCAUCAUUCAGGAUGCACAGGUGUCCCUCUGGGAAAAGCAGACCCGAAGCCAGGAGUCAACCAAGGGCCCGCGCUGGAAGACUUGUCUGACCAAGCUGCUGCCCUGCUUGCUGGAGCACAGCGUGAAGAGGGAGACAGAACCCUCAAAGGCUGUCAAAACGGGGCCUCUCCCAGGUCCUGGCAAGGCAGCCUGGUGUCCUGUAGAGGUCAGCAGGACCGUCCUCUGGCCAGAGAACGUCAGUGUUAGUGUGGUGCGCUGUAUGGAGCUGUUUGAGGCUCCAGUAGAGAGAGAGGAGGAGGAGGAGGAAGAAGAGGAAGAGGAGGUGGUCAACGGGAACUUGAGCCCGUUACCUGAGAACAGUACAGGCAGUUUCCAGGCAGGUCAGGCAGACAUCAUGGCCCGGCUCACUGAGAACCUGUUUUCGGAUUUGCUGGAAACUGAAGAUGGGGGCAUUGGCCAGUCGAGCUUGGGGGAGUCGGGCUUUCCCGCGGGGUCCAAGGAGUCCGAGUCCUCAUGCCUGACCACGGGGCAGCCUUCACACGCUGGCCCUCCUUCACACAGCUCGGCCCACGGGGCAACCGACCUGGCCUGCACACAGGUGCCUCUUGUCAUCUCAGACAACCCUGCCUACCGUAGUUUUAGUGACUUCUGCAGCCCAGCCUCCAAUCCUGGAGAACUGGUUUCCGAGCAGCAGCAGACUGGACAAGUGGCAGAAGGGGACCCUCUAAGCCCGGUUGACUCGCACUCUUCAGGGCCACCACCUAUUCAGCAAGUGGCAAGCUGGGAGCAAAUCCUUCACCUGAGUGUCCUGCAACAUGAGGCAGCUGGCCCCACCCCAGCCCCUACCAGUGGCUACCGGGAGUUUGUGCAGGCGGUGAAGCAGGGUGCUGCCCAGGAUCCCCCCGGGGUGCCUUGCUUCAGGCCUUCUGGAGACACCGGUUACAAGGCUUUCUCAAGCCUGCUCAACAGCAAUGGUGUCUGCACACACACGGCAGAACCAAGGACUGACAGUGGGCAUGGAGGCUACAAGCCCUUCCAGAACCCUGUCCCUGACCAGUCCCCUAGCUCCACGCCCUUAUUCACCUUCGGACUGGACGUGGAGUUGCCACCCAGUCCUCUGAACUCAGCCCCACCCAGCAGCACCCCAGAAUGCCUUGGUCUGGAGCUGGGGCUCAAAGGACAUGACAGACUGAAGGCCCCUCCUCCUGCAGAUCAAGUACCCAUGCCCUUUGGGGAUGACCUGGGCCUUGGCAUUGUCUACUCUUCCCUCACCUGCCACCUGUGUGGUCACCUGAAGCAACACCACAGCCAGGAAGAAGGUGGCCAGAUCCACAUCAUUGCUAGCCCGUGCUGUGGCUGCUGCUUUGAUGACAAGUCACCAUCCCUGGGGAGCCUCUUGGGGGCCUUGGAAAGCUGUCCUGGGGAGACGCCACCAGCAUCCAGCCUCACCUCAGCACCCAGAACACCUUUAAACUUGUCAGGGGAGGGCAAGACCCCUGGCCAUUCCAUUCCCAGCCAGACCUCCGAGGUGGCUGCAGGCACACUGGGCAUGGUGGUUUCUUAGGUGAGUGAGUGUGCUGUCGUCGUUGAGAUCUGGUCUGAGACCAGGGUUCAUCCAAGCCAGGGAUGUGCCUGCCCGGAGACAGCUCAGCUGGCAGGUUUCCCAGAAAUCCAGAGAAUGGUGAGUUGAAGAUGUGAGCUUGCCCUGGCCUCAGGGGACUUGGAGCCUGGCUGCCUCCCAUGCCUCUGACCUGGGCUCUCCUCUCUCAAGGGCUCAGUAUGCUCUGUCCCAUAG